CCCAAUAAUCAUGACUAUCACUGCCUUAUUGAAACAAGGGUCUCCUUUAAACGAUGUUAAACUUCCAUAACACAUCCACUGGGAAUCAUUUAGUGCUCACAGCCCCGGUCUCUCAGGGACCAGGGUACUAGCGUAGAUUGGUGACUGGUCGCUGAACCCCCCGAAACCCUGGAAGAUCUUAAUAUACCCAUCCCUUAGUCCAUUGGCACGACAUCACUCUUCCAAUGAUAAAUGGCAUUGCUUACUGCAUAUCAGAUAAUGUGGGUUCUCCAUUGACAGUUGGGCCACAAGGACACUAUUUCCCUGGUGCCGCUCAUUUCCUUUUUCUUCGUUCCCCGAAUUUCUUCGUUUAUUCUUAUCCCACCGACAUACCUUCCUUCCUUUCCCUAGUAAACGAAAAAUUAGGGCCAAGAUGACUACCGGUUUUGCUGUCCGUAAGAACGGUUCCUGCCUUCGAACCGAGAAUGACUGCGGUGAAACAGUUGGCGGGUUUCGCGGCUGCUGCCCGGGAGGUACAUUCUGUCCUCACGCUUACAAUAUCGAUUGUUGCCCAGCCGGAAAAAACUGCACGGAGUCGUUGGUGCAGGAACCGAGGUGUGCGAAUGCAACAUGGGAUCUGUAUGACAACGGAGGGUACUUUUGCUGUCCACACGACACGAUAGGAUUCGCGCUGGCUGGACAAUAUGAUGGCUGUGCCGGCACAGGUUACUCAUUUGGUGAUCAGGACACAAGGUUAAAGGUUAUCUCUUCAGGUACAGUGGCACUACCUUCACCAACAUCUGCAACCUCUGAAAUAUCCACAACAUCCACAACAACAUCAACUACAGCUACCUCCGCAGCAACCACACAGACAUCCUCUUCCUCAUCCUCUUCGUCAGGUGUAAGUAAGGGUGCAGUCGCAGGUGGCGUCAUCGGUGGCGUCGCCGGUGUAGCACUGAUUGCAGCUUUCAUUUGGCUUUUCAUGAGGCGCCGGUCACGGCCUCAGCCGGCGCCUAUACAAGACGGAAAUACACCAAUUCAUGACUACAAAUACAUAUCAAGUCAGCCCGUUGAAGUGGAUGGGCAGGGAACCCGGUAUGAACUGGAGAGUCGGCCUAAUGCGCCAGUUCACGAGUUACCGGCGCAGCUCCCAGAUCGGUGACAGGUGGAGCGAACGACAUUCAUUCGGUGUAAUUAUAAAA